GCCGAGCUGAGUUGAUUUGUCCUGAUAUCGAAAGUUGCAGUGAAUUAAUUGAAAGGAUGAGUAUUAGGCUGUAUGAUGCACAGAAUCAUCACAUUCUGCUAGAUGGAAGUGACCCUAAUUUGCACGAUAAAGGCACUUACACGAAAGCUGAAGCUGUUCAAGGUACUUGGAUUGUGUACAAAAAACCAGAGUACAACGCCACAUAUGAAAAUGGCGCCGAGCCAGAGUACAUCCGUGUUAUAAAACCGGGUGAUAGGAAAGUCGACAUAAGUAAUUUCAACUCGUCUAUAUACCAUGUGCCAGACGAUUCGAACGCAAUUGUGAUGUUUCAAUUCAAGUAUUACGGAGGAAAUCAAAAGGCAUAUAAAGAAAUCCAAAGUGAAAUCACGGGAUAUUUCCCAAAUGGUGCUUUUUCUCUGAUGGUAGGUGAUGCCAAAGGAUGGCAGGUGUAUCCCAAGACCAAUUUCGGUGGAACACCAGAACUGAUUGCAGAAGGAACCGAUAAUCCCACCACAGAAUUUCCAGUAAAAAGCGCCAAGCCCUUUUAAACAUUACAGGAAAAAAACCGUUUGCUCGUGACACCUUUUUUCAUCUUAAUAUUUUUCUUAAUUACAAUAGACAAUGAAUGAUUUAGACUUCUUUAUUUCUUUAAU